AUGACUAAUUGUAAAUAUCUUGCAACAUUUGAAUUAAAAUGCCCUUAUAAUAAAAGUAAUUGUCUUGGUGAUUUUGUAGUUCAAAAACGAUCAAAUAAUGAUCCAAAUGCUACAUAUAUGUGGUUUAUUGGUUGUAGUCGCUGGUGGAAAAAGGAGGCUGGUAAAGGAAAGCACUUUUUUCAACGUUUAAAGGAAGACAUUGAUCCAAUUUUACUUGGUAAAUUAUUCAAUAGAGAAUCUAUUAAUCUGGCAAAUGAAGCAGAUUCUUGUUCCGUUGUAUUAUCUACAAAAUCUUACAGCACAAAAUGUGGAUUUUUACAUCAAUAUACAAAUGGUGGAAUGGAGAAAGGAAAAAUUAUUAAAAAAGGUUGUAAUGUUUCGGCAAGCAACCUUAGUAAAGGCAUUCACAUCCAUCCACCACCUCCUCCAGGAAGAAUACUUCAAGAAGUUACAUAUAAAUUAAAAGUUAUGAUUGAAACUGCACAUGAGGAUUUGAUUGAUAUUUCUCCAAGAAAAUUAAUAUCUAGUAACCUUAUAAAGGCUACAUUUGGCACAGAUUAUCUUUUACAAGUUCAUGCAUCGCUCAAUGAUAUAGAUAAAUUAAGACGUUUAAUAUCAAAAGUACAAAAAGAACACAAUCCUUAUGGACAAGGUAUUCUUGGCCUAACAUAUGAUAUAUGGAAAGGCAAGAAAGAGUAUAAAGAUUAUGUUCAACAAGCAGGUGUAUUUACAGAUGGCCAAAUUAUAGUAAUUUGUAUGUCUGAAAAACAAGCUAAAGCCUGGGUAUCUCUUGACUACUUUGAAAUUGAUUUAACUUUUAAAAGAGUUCAGGGAGAUAUUAACGAGUUUGAAGUGAAUUGCUAUAAUGAAUGCUAUAAAAUUGCAUUAACAUACGCACGUGUAUUUACAAAUAUUACUAAUUCUACAUCUUACGAGCGCAUGUUUAGUUUACUUUUUAAUUGGAUUUAUCAAUUAACAGGGUCUAAUCCAAAAAUUUUCCAUAUUGAUAACACUGGGUGGAAAUGCAUUCUUGGAGAUCUGGAUCGAGCUCAGGCUAAAGGAUUGGGUCUUGCACUUAAUAGAUUGUAUCCAAAUCUUACUUGGGAAGAACAUCUGACCCAUAUAUUUAAAAGUUGUCGAAUUCACUAUAAUAGAAAUAUUAAAAAUAAUAAAUAUCCAAACAAUGUUAAGCAGUUAAUGUAUGAAUACCCUAAUGCAAAUACUAUUGAAAGAGUUGAAGAAAUUAUUCAAGAAUUAAAAAACUCACAAGAAAUUGGAUAUUAUUUUAUACUAUUUUUUGGUGAAGAUACCUGGUACGCGUCACCAGAUAAUACUAAUGUGGUUGAAUCAUGCCAUGCAAAUGAAAAUCAGGAUGGCAAAUCAUUGUCGCUUGAAGUUGCAAUUUUAAGAGCUAAAAAAUAUAAUGAAAGAAAUUUUGUAACAUGCCAAACUCAAGAUCAAUAUGUGAAAAGAGGUCAAUCUUCUAAUAAAGUUGAAUCAUUCACUAUACAAAAAGGAAAUAAAUCCAGGAAAGUCACCAAAAUUCACGUAAUUGAUGAUCUUGAAAAAGAAAAACAAAUGAUUUCUUUGAAGGAAAAAAAAUUAGAAUUAGAGGAAAAAGAGCUGAAACUUGAAAAAAAAAAAUUAGAACUUGAGAAAGAGAGGUUGGAACUACUUAAAUCCAAGCAAGAAUUAGGAUUUACAGAAUAAGUCUCUAUUUUCAUUAGACGUGAUAAAUACUUAAAUAUAAAUCAUUAAGCAUUCUGCAUUUAUAACUUACUAUUUAUACUAUAAUACUGCACAUAUUAUACAUUUGCAUGCAUUCUUUGCACUUUGAAA